AUGUCUACUUCCAAAAUUCCUACAUUAGCAAGGCUUCAAAAACAAAGAUUAUUGAUACUUUCACUUAAAAAAUGGAUUCCAAAACUUCGAUAUUUGUUGUUUAUUAUAGGAAUCUGUUGGUUUUUUGUAUUUCCACUAGAAAAAUAUAAUAAGCAUACGUAUAUAUCAGAGAAUGCACUUCUUCCUGGUCAGGUCAAUACAUAUUAUAGUUGGUCGAAUGUUUUUGAAGCUGCAGACUAUCGAGAUCAAAUUGAAUCAGUGUCAAAUGCAUCCAAGAUAGAGAAAGUUUCUUUUAUAGAAAACAAAUUACGGAUGGCAGGUCUAAAAACUGCAACUCAAAACUUUACUGUAAAAGUUUCAGGAAAAACAAUCUCUGGUAUAAAUGUUUUUGCGGUGUUGAAUGCACCAAGAGCUGAUGGGACAGAAGCGCUUGUGUUGAGUGCUCCAUGGAAAUCAAGAGAUGAUUUAACAACUAAUGUUAAUGGUAUAGCAGCAAUUCUAUCCAUUGGAAAAUUUUUUAAAAGUUAUACAUAUUGGUCAAAAGAUAUUAUAUUCUUGAUUACUGAUGAAGGAGAAGCAGGAGUUCAAGCUUGGUUGGAAUCUUAUCAUGAUUAUCAACGAUCAACAAGUCCUUUACUUUUACGCUCAGGUGUAAUUCAGGCAGCGAUUAAUUUAGAUUUUCCUGGAACCAGUGAUUAUCGAGCAAUCGAACUAUUUUUUGAGGGUGUUAAUGGUCAACUUCCCAAUUUAGAUUUAAUCAACAUUAUUAUACUUUGUACUGCCAGAGUUUCAUAUAGCAUCCCCAUAAAGUUAAAUGGUUCAGGACAUUAUUAUAAUUUUAAUGACGCUGGUGAUUAUUUGUCAUCUCUGUAUAAUUUAUUAAUGACAAUGAAAUAUCAAGCUUUAAGUCAUCCAACUGGUAGUCACGGGUUAUUCUUUAGGUAUAAAAUUGAUGCCAUUACUCUAUAUGGUAAAAGUGAUGCGCCAGUUUCCAGUAGUUAUGGCUUUAUGGAAAUUGGAUCCGAUAUCCCAAUUACAACAAAUGAAAAUGACAAAAUAAAUCAACAAUUAAAUCAAGCUCAAUCUUCUGAAUCAGUUGAAUUAAAACCAAAGGUCUUAUCCUUGCCAUAUAAUAAAAGACCAAGGGAAAUUUUAUAUCCAAUGAUUGGAUUAGUAAUAUCUCAUAUUGCUGGAUUGAAACAACCACUUAAACCAGCAUCAGAUUGGAUCAUAUUAAAAUCAUUUACAUUGGCAUUUUCAGGGAUGUUAAUAUCAUGCCUUUCAGUGUUAAAUUUUAGUUUAGCAGUAUUUAUAUCAUUAUUAGUAUUGAUUCCAUUUUCACUAUUUCAACCAAAUCAGAAGAAUCAACCACAAAAAAACAUUACAAUUUAUUUACAAUCAUUAAUAUUAUUUAUGAUUUCACCACCAGGAAUAUUAAUAAUAUCAAGGACUAACAUAGAAGAUUUUUUAAAUUGGGCUUUAUUAGAAUAUGAAUUACUUGGGAGUUAUCUAUUGCCAGUAAUAUGUUGCUUCUAUUGGCCAUGUAUUAUUGCUUAUUCAGUUAUAAUAUUUUCCCCAAAUUAA